AUGUCACCCUCCGCGCCUCCCGUUCUCGAUUUCUCCGUCUUCUACGGAAGCGACACCGCGGCCAAAGCCGACUUGGUCGAUCGGAUCCGCGAAUGCUGCUUGUACAAUGGCUUCUUUCAGAUCACUGGCCACCGCGUGCCGCGCGAACUGCAGCAGCGGGUGAUGGCAUGCGCGAAGCGAUUCUUCAAUCUCCCGCUGGACGAGAAGGUGAUGAUUGACAAGAGAAACAACACCUGGAACCGCGGCUACGAACUCCUGCGCUCGCAAAUGCUCGAGGUUGGCACCGGCCCCGAACUCAAAGAAGGGUUGUACAUCGGCGAGGAAAUCCCCGAAGACCACCCGUAUUUCAUCGCCAAGAAGCUCAACAGCGGGCCCAACCAGUGGCCGGCCACGAUUGCCUCCCCGGACGAGUUCCAGCAGACCUCGAUGGAAUACUACCACGCGGUGUUCGACCUCGCCAAAGACGUGCUCGGCGCGCUGGCGCUGACCCUUGACGUGGCGGAGGACUACUUCACCCCGUUAACGGCCGGCGCGGUCGCCACGAUGCGAUACCUGCACUACCCGGCCCAGCCCAAGGACGCGGACGAGAAAGUCAACCGUGGGAUCGGCGCGCACACCGAUUUCGGGUGCAUCACCUUGCUGCUGCAGGAUGAGGUGGAUGGAUUGCAGGUGCUGGAUGCGCCGAGUGGGGAGUGGCUGGACGUUGAACCCGUCCCCGGCGCCUACGUCGUCAACCUCGGCAACCUGUUCAUGCGCAUGGCCAACGACCGCUACAAAUCCAACAUCCACCGCGUGAUCAAUCGAUCCGGCAAGGAGCGCUACAGCAUCCCCUUCUUCUUCAGUGGCAACCCGGAUUAUUUGUGCCAGUGUCUGCCGAAUUGCCGGCAGCCCGGUGAGGCGCCCCGGUAUCCGCCCAUCACUGUCGAGGAGAUGGUGACGGCCUCGUACAAGGAGAGCUACGGCCGGGCGGAGAAGUAUAAGCAGGAGAUGAAGAGGAUGGAGCGGAGGGCGCCGACGGCGUCGAACAACAUGGCCAGCACACAGACGCACCACCAGACCAACCCCACCUCGCCCAAAGACACCAUGGAGAUCCUCAAAGUCCCCCCGGAGAACGCCCGACAGAGCCUCGAACAAGACACCAAAGGCAUAAUCGUUGACGACCCAGCCAUCCAGCAAUUCUAUGGCUCAUCAACCACCGAAGCCUACCGGCUCAAGUCCGAGCUGAUCGGUCGCUGCUUGGAGGAAAUCGGCAUGGGGCCAUUCCAGUGGAAACUGUUCGUGGUGACUGGAUUCGGAUGGAUCGUGGAUAACUUCGCCUCCCAAGGCAUCAGCGCGGUGCAGCCGCCCAUCAAGCUCGAAUUCCCAGGGAUCGUGCAGGUCAGCUACAGCUCGGUGGCGUACUACCUCGGCCUGAUCCUGGGGGCCUCGUUCUGGGGGAUUUCCAGCGAUCUGAUCGGCCGACGGCCUGCGUUCAAUUGCACGCUGCUCAUCGCGGGGAUCUUCCUGUGUGGUGCCGCCGGGACGACGGGGUUCGUGGGGUUCAGUGCGAUGUGGGCGAUGGUCGGGACGGCGGCGGGGGGGAAUGUGCCGGUGGAUUCGAUGAUCUUUCUGGAGUUUGUGCCUGGCAGUCAUCAAUGGCUCCUGACCGCACUCUCCGCAUGGUGGAAUCUGGGCCAACUGAUCGUUUCGCUAGUGGCGUGGGUGUUUCUGGCGAAUUUCAGCUGUGCAACGGAUGCCACGCCGGAGACCUGUCAUCGACAGGAUAAUAUGGGAUGGCGCUACACACUCAUCACCCUCGGCGGCCUCUCCCUCGCCUUCACCUGCAUCCGCUCCCUCGUCUUCACCCUCCCCGAGACCCCCCGGUAUCUCCUCUCGAAAGGCCGCGAUCAGGCCGCCGUCGACGCAGUGAAUUACGUCGCCCGUCAGAACGGCCAGCCGCCGCCGUUGACGCUGGCAAUGCUGCAGGAGAUCGACGCGCAACUCGGCACGACCACCGCCCCGACGGCAUUAUCCACCACCGAGAUCCUGCGCGAGAACAUGAAGGACUUUACGGGGUCGCACUUCCGGGCGCUGUUCGCGACGCGGCUCCUCGCCAGACAUACGCUGAUCGUGUGGGGGAUAUGGUUGACAAUUGGCAUCGCAUAUCCACUUUACUUCAACUUCCUCCCCUCGUAUCUCGCGACGAAGUUCUCCUCCUCGUCCUCGCUGAGCACGACGUAUCGGAACUACUGCAUCGAGUCGGCGGUGGGGGUGGUGGGCCCGUUGUCUGCAGCCUACUUGGUGACAACCUUCUUUGGAAGACGGUGGAUGAUGGGGUUGUCGUCGGUCGUGACGGGGGUGUUUCUAUUUGCUUAUGUGGGUGUGAAAGAUACGACCUCCUCGUUGGCGUUUGCGUGUGUGACGGGGAUGUUGGGGAAUUUCGCCGCGAGUACCCCAAUAUUCCCAUCCAUGCUAACAACAAGACUGAUGAUAGAAUAUGCAAUCAUGUACGCCUUCACCCCCGAAUCCUUCCCCGCCCCCCACCGCGGCACAGGCACCGGCACGGCAGCCUCGCUGCUGCGGUUCGGGGGACUUUGUGCGAGCCUGAUCGCCUCGCAAACCGGGUUCACCCCCGCCCCGAUCUAUGCGUCGGCCGCGCUAUGGGUGGUGGUUGGGGUGGUUUGUUUUGGGUUGCCUUUUGAGACCCAUGGACAUCAGAGUAUAUGA